GGAUCCCGCAUACCUUCAAGCGCUCUGGAUACCAUCAAGAAUGCCCAAGGCUUCCAAAGUCUCUCUGUCGCGCUCGCUCAAAGCGUCUCUCGCAGCCGCCACCAGCUCUCGCAACACUCACCAUGCCGAACCGCUUCAGGACACCGAGAAUGUCCCUCCACCUUCGCUGCAUCGUCGCCGAGCAACUCGAGCACGACCGGACCCUCCUACUCCAUCAGCUCUUGAGGAACUAGCCAAUCUACGGGUGCAGCACGCGACUCUCGUCAACGAGAACUUAUCACUACACGCCGGAGCUGCCGAGCUUGAGCUACGCUUACUGGACCUCGACUCUGAGCUGAAGCGGGAAAAGGAGACCGUUUCUCAGUUUCGACGGGAGAAGAAGGCCCUACAGGCUACACUUAGUGCCGAGGAGGCGCAUCUGAAGAAGGAGCAGAAGAAUCACAAACGCCUCAAGCGUGAGAAGCGCAGACAGGAAGAACAGCAGCAGAUCGAGCAUGCCCAGCACAUCUCCGACCUUGAGACUCAGCACGCGACGCUCUCCGCUUCUAUCACCUCCGAGCUUGACGCUCUCCGUGCUCAGAAUCUCACGCUACGCCACGAUCUCGAAGUAGCUUGCGCGCGGGUCGAACGCUUGCGCCAGUCUGCGGAAACUCACCGCCGCGAGAAGUACGCACAGGACAAGAAGAUACUACGCUGUCUGGAAUCCUUGCGACGCUUACGCAAUGGUCUUCUCGAGCUACACGACCGACUGACCUUCAAUCCGAAGGACGGCAACCACUUCUCGACUCAGUCUCGCUGGAUCUCUAGGCGACUGAAUGCCUGUGGCGUUCCUCCCGGACAACAGAACCAAGUGAUUACCGAUACCGCUUCGCUCUUCGGCAUCAUGCUCAGCGGACCAUUCCUGUCACGCCGAACUGCGGGGCGUGUCAACGUGGGCGAGUUAGAUCGCUGGUCUGUACUACAGUUGGCCCAAGAAGUAAAGAAUACAAUGGGUUUUAUUUGCAGUAGCGAUGGUACCAGCCAUAAGAAAAUUCAGUACGAGGCAACGGCCAUAUCGCACGCCGUCCCGACGUACGAGCCGGGUGUCGACGACAGUGAUCCCAGCACGUGGGUCCAGGCGACACGAUUCGUUAGCGUGAAGGAGGCCGUGCGCCAUGACGCCGAAUCCCAGCAUCGGGGAAAGUUGGAGUUCGGGAAGGAGAUGGCCGAUGUAUACAACCGCAGUCCAUUGGCAACCGCUGACGGCGGGAAAAUGCGCGAUGAUGAAUGGUCCGUGAAGCAGCUGGGUCAGAGCAAAGACCACGCUGCUGACGGGAUCAAGGAGAAGGCGCUGGCGGAGGCACAGAAGGAGCAGGAUAUCAAGAAGCGGCUCGCACAGGAAGCCUAUUCGAAGGUCGAUAUGCACACGCUUCUUGACGCGGUCUUCUCCCUUACGGAAGCGGACGUCCAGCAUGCUAUUGGAGAGAAUCGCGACCCAAGUGAUGUUCGCUGGGCUGAGCGCUGCGAUAUCGCUAACGACGUCUUGAAGACGCAGCUUGGCGAGGAGGCAUAUGCGAACCUAACGGGUCAGGAGAAAGAGCUCCACACGCUGUUCAUCUUUGGUGGCUGCUGCAGUCACAAAGAUUUGAACGCUUUUAAGUAUGGAGCGGACGCACUAGCGGAGCUUUGGCAGUCGUCCACGCUGAAGACACCCCCACCCAUCCUCCUUCCUAAUAAAUCUUUCGACUCCAUCCUUGCUCUGGGCGACAAAGCAGGUGUCGACGCGCGGCUCCGGGCAACGGACAUGAGUAGUAGCGGUGGUCCAAAGUUCAUGGCCUUGCUCGGCGCCAUAUUUCGCCACAAGGACGACAAGAAAGGCUAUCAGCAGGCUGGCCAGGUACUCGUUCAGUCAUUCAAGCGCGAGCUCCACGGCGACGACGCUAUAUCUCACGCGAACCUAGCCGACGUCAACAACACUCGAUUCCAAUCAGUAGGCAAGGCCGCAAUCGAGUACGUUACAUACGACUAUGAGUAUCGCCGGACCAUCGAGACUAUCUGCGCGGCGAAGACCAAGGCAGGCACUAAUCAUAUGGAGUCCACCGUCCUCAAAGCGAUGGACUGCGACGCAACGUUGAUGGACUUGAUUGCGAUGGGUCUCUACAUGGUUGUCGUCUCGCAGGCGUACAUGGCUGCUGUUCACGAGCCUGGAAAAGAUGGGGCGCCUCUCAACCUCCUUCAGACUGUAGAUCUUCACCGCCGCAUCGCAAGCUUCUGCGACGACAUUGCCACUGCUCCCCAAGUCCUCUUUGACGACAACGCUCCGCUCUCUGCUCGUACACACGACGGCAGGCCUGUUCGCAACCAGCGCUUCAUCUCGAAGUGCCGAGAAGCGAUGCUCUCGACAGGGCCAGAGAUCUACGAUGCUAUUGCAGCUAUGUUCCGAGGGGCUGCCAAGGGAUGGCGAAGAUUCACGUCUGAAUUCGCACCUGGCGGUCCCAUAGAUCAGCUUACACCUUUCCAACGCUCUGUCCUGUUCAUUCCGGCGACGAACGACCACAACGAGGGCGCGCUUGGCUCGUUGCGACUUUUCCUACGCCGUAAUCCGUGCAGCACGACAGUCGCCUUCAACGCUAUCGCACGCAUACGCCAUAAUAACACCGAGAAGUUUAUCACGAAGGUCAACAACCCUGGGCUCGAGUCUUGGGUCAUGCGCGAGGGACGUACCGUCUCUCCGAAGCAGCAGAUGGCGAGUUUUCAGGAGAGGAUUGCGGCGGACUACUGCGAGAGGGCAGCAGAUCACGAGUACAAGGCUUCGGAGAAGAAGAGGAAGGAGGCGGAGCGUAUGGCGCGCUUGAAGGCAGUAGGGUUGGUGACCGACGUUGCCGCGGUUGAAGCUAUGACACUCGUCGGGUUGCGCGAGCAGCUAGAAAUUCACAAGGACAUCAUCAAAGACUCGACACUGAACGACAAGCAGCAAUUCAAGUGGGGCAUGGUGAAGACUCUUGCUCCUCGUCGGUUGGCCGUACUUGCGGCUCUCGAACGCUACCGAGCAGCCAAUCCUGAGGCGCUCGGUGCAUCCGAGAUGCUCACACUACUUCCGAGCCCUAUGGAGGAUGUCACCGAGCCCUGCGGUACUCAUAGCGACAUCGAGAUGGAUUCCGACGAGGAGUAUAUGGGGGACGAGUUCUUCUGAAGGGCGCCACCGUAUGUAUGCCUUACAAAAUAUUCGCAUGCCGAAGGGAAUUUUUGUAAGUUGGAAAUUCAGUUCGAGGCAGAGAUUCUGUACAGUUUUGCUCUACAAAGCGAGGGCGUAGCUAUAUGCGCCAUGGAGGAAUAAGAGGGAACAUGCGGG